UUCUAGAGGCUUCAGUCAAGUACAUCCUUCAUCUGCCCUGGACCUCUCUUGUCCCUUCCCUUCACUGCCCUUCCUUCAAUCGGGCCAGAGUCCCUUUGCGAAGGUCUGCACAUGCCCAAGUCUCCCCAAUAAACUUAACACGACCUCUCACUUAGCAACUACAGCCUGGUUCAUCAAAAACAAAACGAUUCAUUCCCUCGGUCAGGACCAACACUACCCCCUCCAACCCAGGUAAAGAUCCUGACCUAAGAAAGGACUUGCAACCACCGAAGCCUAAAUCCAGAGAUGGAAGCAAAUGAGAUCGCAGAAGGUCCUCAGGCCACCAAGGAUGCAAAGAAACCUUCCUUAAAGGACCCCUCUGCUGAAGACUUGCAGGAACCCACUAGCCCUGAAACUGCCUUGGAGCCUCCCAGUUCACAGCCUCCUGACUCCGACGCCCUUUUAAAUGUGACAUCUACUCCACCGAAUCCUGAGGCUGAGGCCUCUGAGGACCUCUGGGAAUCUUCUCUCUCUGAACCGCCUUUAACGGCCCAUACCACUAAGCUUCCUUCCAGAGCAUCUCAGGAUUCCUUAAAGGCCCAAGUCUCUGAAAGACUUUCAAACGCUUCCCAUUCUGUGGCCUCUCUAGAAAAAGCCAUCACUGAGAUCCCUUUGGAGAAUGCUACAGAGGAGAUUCUUAUCUCUGAGGUUCAAAAACCUUCUCCUCAGGCCUCACCAACAAACAACAUCCCUGAGUCUUCCCGUAAGCUUUCUUCUAAUGAAGCCCUACAGAGCCAGGUCCCCGAAUAUGAGCCCUCCCCAAUGCACCCCCUUUUAGGGCCUUCCACCCAGGCCAGCGUGGACACAUCUGCAAAGCCGGAGGAGGCCAAAGAGGAUGAGCUGAUAGUGGGGACCAGCGACGUCACUGCUCGUGUAGCCAGGCCUGAGUCGCAUGCGAGCAAGAAGAAGGAGAAAAGAGUCAGUGGUUAUACAAGCCGCCCAGUGGUCCCUGCUAAGCGGGUCGAGCUGGCGGAUGUGGCUAAGACAAUGCACAGAGAGAAAUUUGGAGCUCAAGUGAACAAUCUUUUCCAAUGGGAGAAGGAUUCAGCCCUGAGGGCCAUCCAGACAGGUCUCUACAUUGGCUGGCGCUGCCCCCAUUACUUAUGGGACUGUUUCCGGAUUGGAAAUGAGUCCAAGUGCUUUUGUGGACAUUUGUUGAAAGAACACCACAUCCUCUCAGAUCUGUCGGUGCCCUGCGGCAUGAGCCAGUGCAGGUGCCUCAUGUUUUGUUUCAUCCCGUCACGCCCAGAGGAGGUAGGUGAGUUCUGGCUUAAGAGACGGGCCACCUUCGAUCCCAAAGCCUGGAGAGCCCAAUGUCGUUGCAAACAUACUCAUGAAGAGCAUGCGGCCACCGGAGCUCAUCCCUGCAGGCACCGCGGGUGUUCCUGCAACUGUUUUGAGUCAAAUUUCCUCUGUGCGGCCUGUGACCGGCGCUGGGAGGAACACGAGACUUUCUUCGAGACUGAGGAGACCAGGCGAAGAGGAGGGAGACCUUAUGGAGCAGACUAUGUACCUUUUGCAGAGAUGCCUGCCCUCCGAGAUGUCAUCCUCACCAACUCUGACCUUGAGGCCCUCCAGAUGCAGGGUGUCUCUGGCCAGCCCAGUUCCCACCCUAGAUCCCCUGAACUCCCUGGCCCAAGCAGCCUCCAGCCUCGCUCUAAACCUGACCCCCAUAUCUGACCCAUUCACCUCUGCUCUUCCCUCCUCCAGGGACAGACACUGUCAACACCUGGCUCAGGCCUUUCUGAGCCUGGCCAAGGUCAACAAUAAAAGUGGAAGCCAA